UUCUUUUGUUUCAAACUAUUUGACCGCCUUUUCAAGAUUUCAAAUUUGUUCAUCUUCUGGAACGCAAUAGCUAUUCCUUCCUUCUUCACACUACUGGGCUGGCUGUCUUUCAUUGCAUUGCAUUUGAUGGCUGAGGAGAUCACGUCCAACAGUUAUGAAGAGGCUCGUAAGCAACAACUUCUCGAGAACAAAAAGAGAUUCGAGGAUUUGGGAAUCUUGACUAUUUCUAAAACCCUAUCAGAUCUUUCAAAAUCUGAGAAGAAGUCCAAGCAACGUGAGGUUAAACCAAAAAUCCGAAAUGGUCCUGUUGUAGAACCAAGGCGAUCAACGCGUGAACGCAAUCCCAUUGUUUCAUAUCAAGAUGAUCUCGAUAUAGGUCUGCCGUCUAUAAGGAGAUCAAAAUCCAGUUCAUCAUGGUCAAGUUAUCUUGCAAGACCAUUGGAAGAGGUCAGAAUGGCUUCAUAUGAAGCGAGGAUUGAAGCAAUUAAGGCUGCAGAGAAACUUCAAAGCAAUUUGCAGUCUGAAUAUCCCUCUUUUGUAAAGUCAAUGGUCCGUUCUCAUGUUUACAGUUGCUUUUGGUUGGGGCUACCUCAGAGAUUCUGCAGGGAGCAUCUUCCAAAGUCAACGGUGAGUAUGGUACUAGAAGAUGAGGAUGGGAAUGAAUGUGAAGCGGUGUUUAUUAGCUCAAGAACAGGACUUAGUGGUGGAUGGAGAGCAUUUGCAUUAGAACAUAAGCUGGAUGAUGGUGAUGCUUUGCUUUUUCAAUUGCUUCACCCAACAAAAUUCAAGAUUUACAUAGUCAAAUCAUCAUAUGAUGGAAUUCAAGAUCAUGAUGAUGAUACAUCUAAUGAGAAGGAAGAAGCUGAUGAAACCAACAGGGAAACAGCAUCAAAGAAGCGUAAAAAGUCGCUUCACAGUUCAUCAGAAAACACGAAGAAGGUCAAGAAACCAACUGCAAAACGCAGUGGUCAACCCGAAAAAGCAGAAAAGUCAAAGGAAAUCGUUACAGCUACACGACGUUCUACCAGGAUAAAAAAAUGAGAAGUGAAUCUGAAAGAGGGUGUGGAAAAGAGACUUUUGGAGAAUUUUGAUGGUCUAUUUCUUGGUUAUGUGGUCAAGGAGGUUGAAAUAUUAAAAAUAGCUGAUGGUUUUUGGUUAUGUGUUAACUUACUACAAGUUAUGUUUCAACUUGACCACACAUUAUCACCCAUAUGUAAUCCUUUAGUUGUCUUUUUUUUACUUUAGCUUUUCUA